AUGGCAGAAAUAUCUUUCAAGCAUCUCAAACAAAAUGAUUUGAUUCAUGUCUCAGGUCAUUUAGGAUUUUACACAAAGGCCGAUGACAACGGACAACUCAGACCAUAUCACAAGGUGAUCGUAAAGGAAUUAAAUUAUGUUACACAAUUUGGACAGCCACCAACAUACAAGAAAAUUGAGAAUUUAGAAUCAGAAGGUGGAACAGGUUUGAUAAAACCGAAAAGCCGCCUUUACUUGUGGCAAGUGUUCUUCUACAACCCUGAUGAAUGGUGGGAUAACAGAAAACGUAAGAAAAAACCUAGUCAACCAGAUUUCGAACACAAGCAUACAGGUGAGGCUCUUUGGCUCCAUAAAGGAGAUCCUGUAUGGGUCAGAAAACAACUGCAACUGCACGAUUCGAGAAUGGCAGAACUGGACCAAGUGCGACCUACUGGUAUUCGCGCCGUGUCUCCCAUGCAAUUGUAA